AUAUUAAAUUGCGUUUUGUAUGAGAAAUUUCAGGUACGUGAGUCCUCCGUCCGUCACGCCAUCUAAUAAGUAUUUAGUUAUAAUUAGAGGGGUGAUAACAAAAAAAACAAAAGGAAAACUAUAAUAAAAAGAUGGAAGAGAACACUCUGUUAUAUGGGGGACAAAGGAGUCAAAAUCCACCCCGUGCUUUUCCAGAUACGCCUGCUCUAUGCGGAUGGUUUUGUCAAAGCAAAUUUAUUUCAUUUCAGUCCCGAACUCAAUCCCCCAUUCAUGUCGGAGACCUGUAACUCUCGCCAUUUCUCAUGGCUUAUGAAAUCCUGCUUCCCCAAUCCCAAUGACUCCAAAUCCCUCUCUCCCAUCCCUCUCCACCACCACGCCUCCCUCUGCUCUCUCCCUGACGACCUUCUCUUGGAAUGCCUCUCUAGAGUACCUUCUUCUUCUCUCCCCUCCGUCUCACUCGUCUGCCGCCGCUGGUCCCGCCUCCUCUCCUCCCGUGCUUUCCCAACUCUACGUCGCCUCAACGGCCUUCUUCACCACUCGGUAUUCGCCUUAUCGGCCUUCAACAACGGACUCUUCGCUGCCGCUUUUUGGUUCCAGAAUCAAGUCGUUCAUGAAUGGAAGAUAGCUUUGCAUUUUCCCCUCCGAGCUCUACCCCUUGAGAAUCUGUCUAGCGCACGAUUGUGCGCCAUCGGGCCCACUAUCUAUGUUAUCGGACGCAACGAGACACUGCGGUAUGACACGUGGAGCGGCACUGUCGGUGCGAAAUCGCCGAUUGUUUUUCCUAGAAAGAAGUUCGCCGCCGCCGUCGUGAAUCGAAAAAUCUACGUCGCUGGUGGCGGUUCAAGAGAAGCUACUGCAGUGGAGGAGUAUGAUCCUGAUAGUGACACGUGGCGUGUGGUGUCGCACUCUCCUCGUAGGCGGUAUGGAUGUGUUGGAGCGGCCGUGGAUGGAGUGUUUUAUGUGAUCGGAGGCCUAAAAAUCGGCAGUGAUUCAGCAAACGAAGUGCCACGUGCUGCGGCGGGAUCGGAGGCACACGUAUACGCGAGCUCCAUGGAUUUGUACGACGUGGAGACGCGCGGGUGGUUAAGAAGUCGUACGUUGCCAGGCGGUGGGUGCGUGGUGGCGGCUUGCGCUACCGGUGGGUACGUGUACGUGUUGGCUAGUCACGCGGUGGAGCUGUCGUUUUGGCGAUUCAACGGGCUGCGAAAGAACAACAGCGGCGGUGGAUUCGGGGAGUGGUGUAGGAUAAAGAGUCCGCCACUGCCGACGCAGUUAAGAAUUGACAGUACAGUCAGAUUCAGCUGUGUGGGAGUUGAAGAUAAGGUGGUGUUGGUUCAAGUCAGUGGUGGCAUCGAUGACUUGUUCAGGAGGAGUGGGAGAACUGUGAGGGGCAUGAGAGAAGGACUGGUCUUAGUUUACGAUUGUUCGGGCGGAGAGUGGAGUAGAGGGGCGGAUCUACCGGAGGUGAUUCGACGCGCCGUCUGCGUGAGUGUGGAGCAUUAGGUGGCGUGAGUCGUGCUAAUUUGAGCCUGCUAUCAUGCGCACGUAACGUGUGGAAGGCAAUGAUCUCAUUUGCAAAAAGCGUAAACCAAAUAUCUCGUUUUGAGUAAUAUAAUUAUAAAGCCUUGUUGGCUCGGAUAGCUAAAAUUCUAAAUCCAAUCUAGAUAUUUUUUGAAAAAUGUUUA